CCAUUCUGAGCGAGCUGCUGCAGAGGGAGAACCGGGUCCUUCACUUCUGGACCCUGAAGAAGCGGAGAUUAGAUCAGUGCCAACAAUACGUUGUCUUUGAGCGCAGUGCCAAGCAGGCCUUAGACUGGAUCCAAGAAACAGGCGAAUAUUACCUCUCUACUCACAACUCCACAGGGGAAUCAGCAGAAGAAACUCAGGAACUCCUAAAGGAAUAUGGGGAAUUCAGAGUACCUGCCAAGCAAACAAAGGAGAAAGUGAAGCUCCUCAUCCAGCUAGCUGACAGCUUUGUAGAAAAAGGACAUAUACACGCCACUGAAAUUAGGAAGUGGGUCACCACCGUUGACAAACACUACCGUGACUUCUCUCUCAGGAUGGGAAAGUACCGCUACUCCCUGGAAAAAGCCCUUGGAAUCAAUACAGAGGAUAACAAGGACCUAGAACUAGAUAUUAUUCCAGCAAGUCUUUCAGACCGGGAGGUAAAGCUGCGAGAUGCAAAUCAUGAAGUCAAUGAAGAAAAAAGAAAGUCGGCCAGAAAGAAAGAAUUCAUUAUGGCUGAACUGCUUCAGACAGAAAAAGCUUAUGUCAGGGACUUACAUGAAUGUUUAGAGACUUACCUUUGGGAAAUGACGAGUGGAGUGGAAGAAAUACCCGCUGGGAUCCUUAAUAAAGAACACGUCAUCUUUGGCAAUAUUCAGGAGAUAUAUGACUUUCAUAACAACAUUUUUCUAAAAGAACUAGAGAAAUACGAACAACUGCCUGAGGAUGUGGGCCACUGCUUUGUCACCUGGGCAGAUAAAUUUCAGAUGUAUGUCACCUACUGCAAAAACAAGCCUGACUCCAACCAGCUCAUCCUGGAACAUGCAGGGACUUUCUUUGAUGAAAUUCAGCAAAGACACGGUCUGGCCAACUCUAUCUCUUCUUAUUUAAUAAAGCCUGUCCAGAGGAUCACAAAAUAUCAACUCCUACUGAAGGAACUGCUAACCUGCUGUGAGGAGGGCAAAGGGGAGCUCAAAGAUGGUCUGGAAGUGAUGCUCAGUGUCCCAAAGAAGGCCAACGACGCAAUGCAUGUCAGCAUGCUGGAAGGGUUUGAUGAGAACCUGGAUGUCCAGGGAGAGCUGAUUCUUCAGGAUUCCUUCCAAGUCUGGGAUCCCAAGUCUCUCAUUCGGAAAGGCCGUGAGAGGCAUUUGUUUCUCUUUGAAAUCUCUUUGGUGUUUAGCAAAGAGAUCAAAGAUUCUUCAGGACACACAAAAUAUGUUUACAAGAACAAGUUACUGACCUCAGAACUGGGAGUGACCGAACACGUUGAAGGAGAUCCCUGUAAAUUUGCCUUGUGGUCUGGACGAACACCAUCCUCAGACAAUAAAACAGUGCUGAAAGCAUCCAGUAUUGAAACAAAACAGGAAUGGAUCAAAAAUAUCCGAGAAGUCAUUCAAGAAAGAAUUAUCCAUCUGAAAGGAGCUCUGAAAGAGCCAAUUCAGCUCCCCAAGACACCAGCAAAGCAGCGAAACAACAGUAGAAGAGAGGGAGUAGAUGAUGCAGAUAGCCAAGGAGAUGGCAGCAGUCAACCCGACACCAUUUCCAUUGCAUCCAGGACAUCACAGAACACAGUGGACAGCGAUAAG